UUGACAAAAAUGAUGCGGUGUUGAAGUGCGCAUGCCCAGUGGAGGUGGCUGUGUCCCUUCUGGCCGAAACCGCUGUCGGGAUGCGCUCGCUCCGGUUCGAGUCCACGGCCACGCGCGGCUCCGCUUGUAGUUUUCCCGCAGCAUUUCCAGGUCAGACGCGCGUUGCUUCCUGUGCGGCGCGUCUGGACUGAAGAUGGCCGGAGAUGGAGGCGCAUUGAAGGAUAUCAAUGAGAUUAAAUCUCAGUUCCGCACCCGGGAGGGAUUUUACAAGCUGCUCACCCUCUCAGACUCUCAGCAGCGGGCCGGGCUGCUGCCGCGGGGACCUUCAGCGGGCGUCACGGUGGGACCCGGAGCCACCACGGGCUCCAUCCCGGGCGGCGGUGCUGGUGUGGGGCUGGUGCAGGGGCCCGGGUCCGCCGCCAACUCCUCUCCCGGCUUCCUGCCGCCCGUGCGGGUGUCGAUGGUCAAGCUGAAGCCGGAGGACCCGAGCGAGGAUUCGGAGCGCGUGUGUUUCAACAUCGGCAGGGAACUUUAUUUCUACACCUACACGAACAUUAAGAAGGCUGUGGAUCUCAGUAAACCUAUAGACAAGCGCAUUUAUAAAGGAACUCAGCCGACGUGUCAUGAUUUUAACCAGUAUUCUGCUACAGCGGACAGCGUGGCUCUCCUGGUGGGCUUCUCUGCCGGACAGGUGCAGUAUCUGGACCCCAUAAAGAAAGAGACCAGCAAACUCUUCAACGAGGAGAGGUUGAUAGACAAAUCGAAGGUCACGUGUCUGAAAUGGCUUCCCAAAUCAGAGAAUCUCUUCCUGGCGUCUCACGCCAGCGGUCACCUCUACCUCUACAACGUCGAGCACCCGUGCGGCACCACGGCCCCUCAGUACUGUCUGCUGCGGCAGGGCGAGGGAUUCGCCGUCUACGCCUGCAAAACCAAGACACCCCGUAACCCUUUGCUGCGCUGGGUGGUCGGCGAGGGUGGCCUGAACGAAUUCGCCUUCUCCCCUGAUGGCGUGCACGUGGCCUGCGUCGGCCAGGACGGCUGCCUCCGCAUCUUCCACUUUGACUCCAUGGAGUUGCAGGGUGUGAUGAAGAGCUACUUCGGGGGCCUGCUGUGCGUCUCUUGGAGCCCGGAUGGCAAGUAUCUGGCUACCGGCGGAGAGGACGACCUGGUCACCGUGUGGUCGUUCGCCGAGAGCCGCGUGGUGGCGAGAGGUCACGGCCACAAGUCUUGGGUGAACGUCGUGGCUUUCGACCCCUUUACCACCAACCUGGAUGACGAGGAGCCGAUGGAGCUCAGCGGCAGCGAGGAGGACCUCCAGCAGGGGGCGCUGCACUUCAGCCGCGUGCGCACCAGCAGCACGCUCUCUCGCCUCUCGCGUCACAGCUCCAAAGGCGGCGCCUCGUCUGUGUCGUACCGCUUCGGAUCCGUCGGCCAGGACACUCAGUUCUGUCUCUGGGACCUGACGGACGAUGUCCUCUACCCCCGUCUGCCGCUCUCCCGCGCCCUCACCAACACCUUCGGCUCGACGACCGGUGGGGCGGCCCUCAACAGCGCCGGCGGAGGAGUUGUCGUCGUCGAGGGUCACCAUCACCCCUCCAACCCCCACCAGACGUCCACGCUGCCCCUGCCGCUGCCUCGCUCCCUGUCUCGCUCCAACUCUCUCCCGCACCCUGCCGUCGCCAACGCGUCCAAGAGCCAAGGCUCCGUGGAGGGUGGGGGGUCAGGGGGCGGCGGCGGAGGCACGGGAGGCACCGGAGGCAGCGCCCCCUUCAGCAUCGGCCGCUUCGCCACGCUGUCCCUACAAGAGCGCAAAUCGGACAAAUCCGGGGUGGGAGGGGAAAAGGAGCACAAACGCUACCACAGCCUGGGCAACAUCAGCAAAAGCAACGAUAAGAUCAACGUGGCCCCGCGCGCCAACCGACUGGACGGAGCCAAAGUUCUGGGCACCACGCUGUGUCCUCGCAUGAACGAGGUGCCGCUGCUCGAGCCGCUGGUGUGUAAGAAAAUCGCUCACGAGCGCCUCACCGUUCUGGUCUUCAUGAACGACUGCAUCAUCACCGCGUGUCAGGAGGGACUCAUCUGCACCUGGGCACGACCCGGCAAAGCGCAUCCGUCUCAGCCGUCGUCUGCUCAGAACGGAAACUCGCCGAGCGGGACGGUGGUAUAACCCAGCCGGAGUCAAACCAUCGCCGCAAGCGGGACUUUGACGCUCUUCUGCACGCCGGUUCUUUAUUUAUUUGUUGGAUCGUUGAGACGAUUUGCAUUGUACAUAUUUAGACGACUCUACGACGGAAGAGGACAACGCGUAACUGAAAGAGUUAAUAUAUGACGAUCUUUGUUGUACAUAAAGUCGGAAAGAUGUAUCACAGUCAUCGCUGUUAAGAAGGUGUUUUGCUUUCAGCUGAAUGUUUAGUGUUUGGGGGUAACUCUUGUAGCAUGGAGGCGCUGCGCCGUACACCCGCUGUCGCCUCUCGCCACAUUUUGCACAUUUCCAGGUCGGUUCGAGCUCGUUUGAUGGGGGCAGACGGCUGAGCGGGACGUUUCAUCAAAUAUUCAUGCUGUUUACAGUUAGCGUUUAUGCAAGGCUGAUGGAUAUUAGGAAGCUGUGAGCACAGACCUGCAUUAGUAUCUUUGUACAGGAUCACGUACAUUUAUCUUGUAAAUAAAUGUGUAAAUGAAUAUCACAUCAGUCACAACUACAAAGUGUCUUUGAAAUCAGUUUGUUGAGAUGUUGACACGAUGAGAAGCAUGUGUGUAAAUGUUACGGUCAGUAAUGUACAGAACAUUCACUUCAAGCGCUCUGUAUGUUAUUAAACCCUCCUGUAGUUCAGAAAAAAAACCUGUGAUGCAGAGAUGGAGUUUCUCAGAACUCACUCGUAUUUUAGAGAAAGUCAAGCUACUGAUCUGAGAUCUGUGUCAUUCCAAUCGCACACACACACACACACACACACACACACACACACCUGUUGUAAUCCUCUUUUCCUUCGAAUGUCAUUUGUCAUGUUAAAGUGUAUAUGAAGAGUUUAUUUCCAAAAAGAGAUAACUUUUUCAAAACUCGUGUUUUUAUUGUUAUCAUGUUUUUGUUGUGGUAGUUGGCUUUUUUAUGGUUAUUAUGGCUUAAAACAAAUCAACUGCAGUUUGAUUGAUAUUAAUUGGAAUGCACAAUAAAAAAAAACAUGAUUUUUGAAUAAAAAUUAAAACGGGAGUUGGAAAUAAACUCUUCAUAUUGUUCUGUUUACUUCAGAUGUUUUAUAUUUUCUAUGGUUGUAAUGUUUUAUUUUGUCUCUGUUGUUGACUGGAGAUGAUGUGGACCAAUAAGUGGACGUUGAAACGUUGUGUAUUUUUUUUAAGUCUUCAUCCAUUUGUUUUUAACACAUUCAGUGCUGAAGGAUCUUUUCUCUGUGUCAUAAACGGAGCUCUUGAAGUAUCUCUAUGAUUCAACUUCCUGUCAGGGGCUUCCUGUCUCAUACACGUGAUGAUGUUGGAGUAUGUUACAGCUUUCAUUUAACUUCCACUGCAUGUGUGUGUGUGCGUGUGCGUGUGCGUGUGUGUGUGUUUUAUUUAUCAAUGGUAGCCGACAGGAUCACAAUAACCAGUUUAUAAAUGAGAAUCUGUUAUUAAAACAUGAAAUACUCAUGCAGUCUGCUGUCUGUUCAUAUCAACUGACACCGGAUCAAAAGACAAUAGAAUGCAUUAGAACCCAUUAUAAUUUUACAUUUUGUCCACACUGGAUGCGGCGCAACGCGAAAAUCCCAGCCUUGUGCCGCGUCGCAUCGCGCCGCUUCCGGUGUGUAGACACGGUGUA